AUGCUCAUAGUGUGUGGAAAGAUUUUAGAACCGAUUAUUGUUUCUCCCAAAGGAAAUCUGGGAACAAUCAAAGAACUACUACAAAACGGAACGGAUAUUAAUGUCAAAGAUCAUAACGGUCGAACAACUUUAUUUACUGCUGCUCAAAACGGUCGAAUUGCUAUAGUUGAGUUCUUGAUAAAUAAUGGUGCCGAUAUAAAUCUGAAAGAUUACUACGGCGAAGCUCCAACUCACAAAGCAACCUUUGAAGGUCACGAGCGUGUUGUUGAAAUAUUAAUUAAGUAUAGUGUUGAUGUUGGUGCCAAAGCAAAGAGCGGCAUCGCUGCAAUAAAUAUCGCCACUCAAAAAGAUUAUGAAGGAAUCGCUGAAUUUUUACUCAAUAAUGGAGCAAAUAUCAACAAUAACGAUGGAGAAACUGCCUUAUUUACUGCUUCGAAUUUUGGUAGUUUAAUCGGAAAUUGA